CUCCCCGCCGCGCGCCUCCGGCCGGCUCCGGCGGACGAUGCCGAUGUGCGCCCAGGAUGCUGUCGCAUUUGCUCCUGCUCCUCUCCGCGCUCGCCAAGCUGAGCCAGGGCUUCCGCACACACGGGACAGAGCUGCCCAGCCCUCUUUCUGUGUGGUUUGAAGCCAGAUUUUUCCAACACAUCCUCCGCUGGACACCUAUCCCAGAGCAGUCGGAGAGUACCUACUAUGAAGUGGAACUCAAGAUGUACGGAACCAAGAUCUGGGAAGACAUCCCCAGCUGUGGAAAGGUCGGGACAUCAUCCUGUGAUCUCACCGAGUUUACCCUGCAUCUAUACCAUAAUAAUGGCUACUGGGCCAGAGUUCGGGCAGUAGACAACAGCCGGUACUCCAACUGGACCCUCACUGAGACCCGCUUCACAGUGGAUGAAGUGAUUCUGACAGUCGGGAGCGUGACACUGGAGGUAACCAACGACGGCUUCAUCAUUGGGACAAUCCAUCCCCCCAGGCCCCAGAUAGUCCCUGCAGGUGAUGAGUAUGUACAGAUCUUCGAGAAUUACCGCAGAUACAUGAUUUCCAUCCGAAAGUUUCAGGAGGAAAAGAACACAACCAUGACAGUGAAUUACGAGAACUUCACCUUCAAAGUCCCCACAGAGAAGGGAGAGUUUUGUUUCAAGGUGAAGCCCUCGGUGGAAACCCGAAAUAACAGAGCAGAGUGGUCAGAGGAGCAGUGUUUACGUCUCACGGAGCAAUACUUCACUGUGACCAACCUCAGCAUUCUCUUCAUGUCAAUCCUGAUACUCAGUGGAGUCCUGGCCUGCCUGGCUCUCCAGCACUACAUCCGGCGCCCUGGGAAGUUACCUGCAGUCCUGGUCCUUGAGAAGUCCCACAACUUCUUCCCGGUCCACCCUCUCUGCCCAGAAACUCUCAACACUGUUCACAUCCUGGACUUGGAGGCCUUCCGGAAGGUGUCGCCAGAGCUGAAAGACUCGGACCUUCACGGCAGCACUGACAGCGGCUUCGGCAGCAGCGGCAAGCCGUCACUGCAGACUGAGGAGUCCCACUUUCUCCUCCCUGGCUCCCACCCCCAGGGACUAGGGAUGCUAGGAAAGGAAGAGCCUCCUGAGCUACGGGGCAGCUGUGCGGACAACACAGACAGUGGGAUCUGCCUGCAGGAGCCCGGCUCACAUUCCAGCAUGGGGCCCGAGUGGAAGCAGCAGCUUGGAUACACCAGUCAGGGCCAGGAUGACAGCAACGUUCACUUAGUCCAGAGCUCUCCGGAGCAGGCUGAGGACACACAGAGUGGCUCUGCCUUGGGCCAUGUCCAUCUCCUAGAACCUGGAGUCCCGGAGGAGAAAGACCAAGUCGUGGUGACGUCCCAGGGCUACCAGAAACAGGCCAGAUGGAAGGAAGAGGCAGCAGACCCAGCCGGACACUUGGACAAAGAGAUUCCCUUGGCAGAUGACUCUGACCCUAAACUUGGGGUGUGCCUACAGGCCGAGUUAGCUUGGCCUCCACCAGCUCUGGCCAAGGGUUAUUUGAAACAGGAGUCCCAAGGGAUGACCCCAGCACCAGCAGGGCCCCUAAGUAGGCAAAGGAGUCAGCUGGCUGAAGGAUGGUCGCUCCUGGGCGUGGUCAGCUGUGGAGACCUAGGCACAGAGACUUGGAAUUUUGCCCAUGAACUUGCCCCUCGGGACUAUGGGGCAGCCCCUGGUGGCCUCCUGGCUAGCUUAGACUCUAAGCUGGCCACCCUGCCGCUGAUCUCCAGCCUGCAGGUAGAGGAAUGACCCAGGCUAAGGGUUCUUCGUAUUCCAGCAUAACUGCUCUCCUGUCUGCAUCAGGAGGGCCCAGGAGCCAAAGAAAUGUGCGGGCCUUUUUCUACAGAUCCACUGUGGCCGGCUAGGACAGGCCCCACAGGACAGGAAAAGGCCAUCUUGCUGGGCUAGUAUCCAGUAUGUGGGAGGUUGUGUUUGGUUCCCCUGAGAGGGGCCCUGAAGAUUCCAGCCGAGCUGGAGGGUAGAUAGAGGCCUUACUCCUCAGGCCUGGGUCCUGGACCGAAAGGACCUGUGUUUGGGAGGAACCUCAGGGUUUUCUGGAUGUGGUAAGGCUGCCAGGCUGAUGUCUGAGCAGCCUGGAUGUCUAUGGAGGAGGGGGAGAGGCUAGCCUCCUGCAGGGUACAGGGAGGGCCCCAGAAAGAAAGGAGGGGCAGGAGCCAGGUUUAAUGUUGUCAUGUAGAGACACUCCCCAACUUGGACAGGGUGCCUGUCACUGGUAGAUCUUGAGGUACAUACCACCUUGAAUGAUCAGCCAGCUAAUUCAGAACUGUGGGGCAAAGGGGACCGAGACACAGAAUCUGCACCUCCUGUGGGGUGCCUCUGCUAUCCAUCAGCAGACACCUCCCUCUUUUUGACAAACACGUCUGUGUCCCCUGGGCUAUCUGCAGUGGCCAAGCCAUUGCUCCUUGCUGCUCACUAGUGUGCUGACAGGCCAGACAAACUAUGGCUGUCUGUGUUAGCACACUACCCUAUAGGUAGCCUUUGGGCAUAGACACUGGCCCAGCCUUAGGACUUACAUGUCUGCAUUUGCUGCUAAUUUUUAACUACAGACCCAGAGGACAGGGGGCUGGGCUGGCAUCUCUGGGUUCAGCUGCGUGACCGUGGACCAGCAGCUUCUUCAGGGGACGAAAAUAAAGAAUGAAUUGUGAGGAAGAUUCCCUCACGUUGAAUGUUAGCCAAGUUGGCCCUGGGGUGAUACUUUAGGUCUUGCCUACCGCUGGACUGGCAGGAAGUAGACUGUGGAACCCAUCUGCCCACAGGUGGCUUCUGCCUGUGGUCUCAGAGAUCUUGCAGGAGUCUAGGACCUUGUGUCAAGAUAGUUGCUAGACACUGGGGCCCAGGGCUGGCCCCUGCUUCCCUUUACUGCAUUUGAGAUCUGUCUUCAAGCAAAGGAAGUUUGCAGCCCCUGAGUAAGGAUGCUGGGAGACACAGCAGGGCUGCUGAUCCCCUGGCAGGGCUGCUGGUCCCUGAGCCCAGACUGUCUCUGAAGCUUUCCAAAAACAGACUGUGUGACCCAGGAAAACCAGCCAUGAGCCUUGCCACCCUGCCAAGAAGGCCAUGAUGCCAGUCUGAUACCAGAGCUCCUUCUGAAGUUGGAAGGACUCCUUGGGAUUGCCGUGGAACCUUUAUUUAUUUAUUUUGCUCACUUAUUUAUUGAAGAGGCAGCAGAGCACAGGGGCAGGUCUCGGGGUCUCUCCGGAGGUCCAGUUCUGACGGCACCGUUUCUAGCUGUGUGACCUUGGGCAAGUCACAUUUCCUCUUUGAGCCUCAGUUUUCCUGUCUGUAUGUAAAACUUGAAAAGUUCCUGACACUCCCAGUCCCUAGGAGUGUGGAGUCUCAUUGGGAAAAUGGACAUGGCUGUGCCUGAAACAGCCAGUGAGUGUGGUGUGUUUUCAUUCCAAUAAAUAGUCGCAGGUA